CACGCACAGGCAGGAUGGUAGCCCAGACGAAGACACCAAUUGACCUCUUGACGCUGCCGGACAAGCAGGCGGUAGUCAAGGAGUUCGUGGGCAGGCCGAUCCAUACACUGCGAACGCCAUGCAUGGUCAUUGACCGAGCAGUGUUUGCGAAGAACUGCGCGAAGAUGCACCAGAACGCUAAGGACUGGGGCGCAAGUUUCAGAGCACAUGUAAAGUCGCACAAGACUGCCGAAGGCACCAAACUGCAGUUAGUCUCGUCCACCGAUAAAACCGAGGCAGUAGUGGUUUCGACUUUGAUGGAAGCGUGGGCGAUAGUCAAGGCAGGCCUGGUCGCAGACGGUACCGUGAAAGACAUACUGUACGGGCUACCAGUCGGAGUCAACAAGAUCCAAGACCUGGCGUCCUUGUGGGACGAGCUCGAAAAGUACGGAGGGAUCGUCAGGCUCUUGAUAGACCAUCCGGAGCAGGUGCAAGCAUUGGAGCAGUUCGAACAGCAGCGAGAGAAGCCUAGGAGUUGGUCCGUGUUCGUAAAGGUUGACGGGGGACAAAAGCGAGCAGGCGUCCCCCCGACGUCGACGGCAUUUAGGCCGCUCGUAGAGCUGCUAUCCAUUUCGCCCGCGACCACGAUCUUCGGCUUUUAUUGCCAUGCGUGGGACGCGUAUGCGUCGACAUCUUUACCAGAGGCAUCGUCCUUCCUUUCGGCCGAGGUGAAUGCUGUAAACUCCGCCGCGUCUGCGGCCAAGAAAAUCUACGCCGAAAUAUCCGCCAACGUUCCGGAAGGGGGUUUCGUUCUCGCCGUAGGUUCCACGCCGACCGCGCAUGCGGCAUCGGUAGAGGCAAGGCAGCAAUUGGACUCAUUGUUACACGGAAGGCUUGAGUUACACGCAGGAAAUUAUCCGCUAUUGGACCUCCAGCAGAUGCACACAAAUCUUGUGGGUGGGAAUAGAGUCGCACAGAAAGUCCUAGCCACGGUGAUUUCGUACUACCCUGGACGCAGCGCAGAUGGGAGGGAUGAAGCGUUGUGCGACGCCGGCGCUAUCGCCAUGAGUAAGGACACAGGACCCAGCGGAGGGUUUGGAGAUGUUAUCGGUAAGCCAUGGAGGCUGGGACGAGUCUCGCAAGAGCAUGGUAUUCUCCUAUCGCAUCCUUCUGGGCCUCUGGCUUCGGGACACCAAGAGGGGAAGCUCGCAAUUGGCGAAGUGGUAGAGAUUGUGGGUCAGCACGCGUGCCUCAUAACCGCAGCCUAUCCAUGGUACUACAUUGUGGACUCCGAGGCAGGGAAAGCGGACGAAGUCGUAGAUGUCUGGGUAUCAUGGAAAGGCUGGUGAGGGUACGGUAGAAUAUGUCGUGUUUGGCUUUUUGACUGCGAAGGUUGUACAUGUUGUAACCAAGCAAAAAUCAUCUUUCAGGAAG